AUGUCUUCCAAUGAGAAAAAGCGCCUUCGAGAUCGUCGCUCACAGCAAACUCUCCGCGAGAAGAAGUUGCGACAUGCAGCCCAGCUUGAAGAAAAGGUGGCACACUGUGAGCAGCACCACAACGACCAAAGCGUGCAACGUCUUCUCCAAGUAAUCAAAGGGCUACGCAAGCAAAAUGACACUCUUCUCACGCACCAAAAGAGCUUGAAAUCCCUCGUAAAUUCUUGGGAGAUAGAGCCGGAUGAAUCAAUCCUCAGUGAUCAUUCCCGUCAGGACUUGUCAUCUCUGUAUACGGAGAUAAGCAACCGAGAAGCCCAAUUCGCCCUCCAAACAAACUUCAACGAAUCAAUACCCGAGCAGGCGAGAAACCACUUUCUCAACGCUCCCAUCCCCACUGUAUCAACACCAUCUCAAAUCCCGUCCCCAUGUCUGGAACCUCUUUCCGAUGAACACAUGCCUCUGUGGAAGCAAAUCCCACCACAUGUCGACGACUUCUCUACGAAGACAUUAAUCUCCUGUCAAUGGUUCCUCUACCCAGAGUUGAUAAUCCCAUGUCCAGACGUCCCCAAUUCCCCUCUUGACUUUCUGUACGGCACAAAAACAAACCCGCUAGCAGACAUGAUCCACACAGCCCUGGUGCGCCGCCCGAUCCGCGAUCCAGAGCGACUGUGUACCGGCUGGUUGACUUACCACUUCUCGAGAUGGAUCAUCGCACCCAGCCCGGAGACUUACGGUCGACUCCCUGUAUUUCUCAGACCUGUGCAGGGUCAGAUGACACUUCCACACCCGCUCGUGCUGGAUUUCUUGCCUUGGCCAAGGAUAAGACUGAAUCUGAUUCGGCGGUGGCAUCUAUAUAGCAAGGACCGGGAUGCUCUGUUUGGGUUCAUGGCUUGUUGUGUUAAGAUUCGAUGGCCUUGGAAUGAGACGAUUCUGGAGCGGGAUGAGCGGAACGAGUUGUGUAUUAAGAAGGCAUUUUAUGAUAUGUUCAUGAGUGAAAGUGGGUGGGGGCUUACGCCGGAGUUUAUCAGACGGUAUCCCGAUCUUGUGGAAGGGAUGGACAUCAGUCAAAUAGUGAUUGAGUUGUUGUAG